GAGACACAGGCCCCAUCCUUCCCAAUGGGGACACUUCAGGGAGUGGCUCUCAGGUCCCGAGAAAGACCUUCCUGGCCACAGGAGAUGCACAGACAUCGGGAAGGGACAGAGGAAGGACGUGCAGUUGCAACCUUUUCAGCAGAUGCUCUGAGAAUGGGAGGUCGAGAGUUGAAGCAAACGGUCAGUUCUGACAGGGCCUCAGACCUAAGGCAGGAGCACCCCCUACACCAGACCUCCUGGGUCACAGGAAAUGCACAGACAUCGGGAAGGGAUGGAGGAUGGACGGAGGAAGGACAUGCAGUUGCAGCUCUUUCUGCAGAUGCCCUGAGAGAGGAGCAAGAAGGUCCUCGCCAGAUGCUCCUGGACUUGCUUUGGACUUUCUCUUGCUCUUGGACUUGCUCUGGCAUUGCUCUUGGACUUCACAGCCUCUAG